UGUGUGUGUGUGUGUGUGUCUCUGUGUGAGCCUCCUGCUGCCUAGUCCGACUCCUCUUCCUUUGCCUCCCAUCGCUCCCCCCUCUCCUUCGCUGUCCUCCUUCCCCGCUCCCGGUGUUUCCGAUGUCAAGUGAACUUCGGCGGAGCACCCGGGUCCGCACGGCCUCCACAUCGCGAUUCGUGGGCCAAUACAUGGACGCCGAGCUCAGUGAUCCACUUAGCGAUCCGAGCAUCAGGCAGAGCACCGCCUCUGACUCGGAUUCCGAUCCUUGUUCCUCUGCUUCCUCCCCGUUCGCAUCCUCCUCCGAUGAAGAUGGGGAUGAGCUACAGGAGGAAGAACCAAAGGAGAGGAAGCCCGUCAAGCGGCGCACAGCAAGCACCGCUGUCAGCCGCACGGCCGUCUCGAAGCGCGCUCGAACGACGUCGUCGCCCGCUGUGGAGGCAACUCCUGCUGGCGACUUGCCGGACCUAGACCCGCAUUCGGUUGCUCGGCACCGCUUUUCGUCGGCCAGCGAUCCAAAUGGGCAGCAACAUGUGACGGCCAUCCGCCAGGCGCUGCUCGACUGGUAUCGCGCUUGCCGGCGGCCGCUCCCCUGGCGCGACGUGGCUGACGAUGUGACCAUUCCCCUCGAGCAGCGUGCCUACACGGUCUGGGUGAGCGAGAUCAUGUGCCAGCAAACCCAAGUGGCCACAGUGCUUCCAUACUUUGCACGCUGGAUGGAGAAAUGGCCAACGGUGGAGGAUUUGGCUCGGGCCACCGAGGAGGAGGUGGCCGCCGCUUGGGCCGGACUUGGCUAUUACGGCCGAUCGCGGCGCCUUCUUGAGGGUGCCCAGAAAGUGGCUGCCACCCCGCACCCCGUUUCUUGCAUCGAGUGUGACCACAUGCCGAUCAAACCGGAGGAUCCCUCCGCCAAGACGCAUCGUUGCUCACGCAUUCCAGCCUGGUCGCCGAGUGAGCUGGCGCGCUUUCUCCCGGGAGUUGGGCCCUACACAGCCGGAGCAAUUGCCUCGAUUGCCGGGCACCAGCCGUGUGCUUUGGUGGAUGGGAAUGUCACGCGUGUGCUCAUCCGACUGAUGCGUGUCCGUGCGCCGGCCAAAAAUUGCCCACCCGCUGACCGGUGGGCCUGGCGCACGGCGCGCACCCUCGCCCGGGGCCAUGAAGUGCCCGACACGGUGGAUGCCUUGCCUGAUGGUGGGAUCGGCGAUGGGGGCUGGCUUCCGGACCCGGAGGAUCUGCGUGCCACCAAUCGUCCCGGCGAUCUUAACCAGGCGCUGAUGGAGCUCGGAGCCAUGGUUUGCACGCCUGUCUCGCCACAGUGUGGCAUCUGUCCAUUGCGCAGUCUCUGUCGGUCAAAUGAGCUCAGCACCUCCGGCCGGAUGGCGCCCACGGCCCGGCCGGCCCUUUCACUGAAGCUCGAGGAGGAUGAGCACAUCCAAUCCCCGGGACCGAUGUGUGAUUUGUGUCAGCCGCGAGUCCGAUGGGCGGACUUUGCGGAGCCGAGCCACUUCCCAGCCCCUCCGGCCGCUCGCGCCGCCGCUCCGGUUCAGGCCUUCCUCUUGUGCAUCGUUUCCCGCACAUCGACCGCGCUUGGGCAGGAGGAAUUUUUCCUCACCCGACGCCCGACGCGUGGUCUGCUGGCUGGUCUCUGGGAAUUCCCGUCCUUUGAUGUGCAAUUGGGGUUCGAAGAGUUGGAUGCCCUGCCGGCCGAGGAGGCGGCCGCCCGGGCUGCCAGCUUGCUGGACAUCGCCCCGAAGAAGUGGGCCUAUGGCCCGGGCCCGGCCAGCGGGGAUACCACGCGCAUCUUGGACUGCGGGUCCUUUCAGCAUGUUUUUUCCCACCGGCGCCACGGCUACCGUGUCAUGGCGAUUGCCCUGUCCCGAGAGUAUGGCCAGGGUGGGCGCACGCUGCCAGACACGGCCGACGGUCGCGGAGGCGCCGGUGCCGGUGACACUUUUGCCCAAGGCCCACCACGUCCAGCAGCUUGGGCCAGUGCGGAUGCCAUCCUCAAGAAGGGAUCUUGCGGCGGGGUAGCGGGAAACACCGUCGAGGCUGAGCGCUUGGCGAUUGGAACAUCCAAUCGCAAGGCCUUUGCCCUGCUUCAAGCGGCGUCUGCGUCCACUGUCGCAGGUGGCGCAAAAAAGCGCCCAUCUAAGAUGGCGAUCCCAGAGGGUCAGAGCUUGAUGCUAGCCUUCCUCGGCUCCAAAUAGCCAUCGAAUAGUGACGCGAACAUGUGUGCUACA